AUGGCGUUCUUACCUAGUCAUCCGUCAGUCAGAUUUCAACUCAGCCCGUUCACCCUCGCAUCUAGCAGCGCAUUGCUUCUCAUACUGCUCUUAUCGUCCACUUCGGAUAUCCCAGCAACACCCGGCGGGCAGGGAAGUCUUCACUCUGCCCGCAGCGCCCGCGGAUUUUUCCAGCUGGCCGAGGCAAGGGACUUACCGGACGAAACGCUCUUCGGCCGCCUAGGGCUGCAGAGGGGCCUCCUGGGUCGUGGGCCUGAAUCUCAUGACGGGAAACAAGUGACUGCUGACGGGGGGGAUAUGGCAGCGGCGGAGAGACUCGCGGAGGAGAAGGAAAUGCGUGAAACGAGGGUAAGGGAGCGAGAUUUGCUGGGGAUCCGACCAGGAUCGCAGGGGGGGCAGCAGCAGCAGCAGAAGCCGGAGAAGUGUGUUGCGUCGACCUUGUCGGAUUACACGGCGAUGAUCACGCUUGCUGACUACGCAGGGCUGUACUUUCAUUUCAACGUGAAGGGCUCGACUCUCAAGGCAGCAGUGGAAGCGAGGAACGUUGCUGAUGGAGGCGCCAGCAAGGGAUGGUUCGCUAUAGGCUUCUCCAAGACAGGCAAAAUGACGGGGUCCGAUGUAGUUCUCGGAAAUUACGUUCCGUCCACCAAUAAGAAGCUUCCCGUGGGCUCCAAGCCGGGAAUCGGCGGUCCGCAACCAAGGCCAAUUGCUUACCUAAGUGUCAACGGUACUAAGAGCGGAAACGGCACCAAGAGCGGUGGGACUGGGAAGAAGGGCAGCGGGGCUGGAAGCGGGAGUACGAACAGCACGAAAAGUGGUAACAGUGGUAACAGUAGCAACCCUGGCAGCGGUAACGUGGGCAAGGGCGGCAAGCACAAGGGCGCGUUGGUGGGAGCGUUUAACAUGCAGAGCCUUACCAUGGGAACGUAUGCCAUGGCGGACAACUUCAGAAUCGCGAACGCCUCCGUUACAGUCACGAAGAGCGGCACAGUAGUGAGGUUCACGAGGAGCGGGCCUGGCGGGUCAGUACCAGUGAAGUACAAUGGGCUCAACACGCUCAUCUGGUCCUACUCAUCAACUGGCGCUACCAAGGUGUUUGGAGGACAUAUGAGACACAGGGGCAAUGCAGUGGUGAAUCUGGCGUGCAAGGGGAAGCAAGUGGUGGAAGAGGUCCCGGUUAAGGAUGUGUCUGGAGUCACUCUGCCUCCCUCUGACGCUUCGGCGAGAGCCAUCAAUGACGCUGGCGACGCUUCCUUGCAUCCAGUGUCGUCUGCUGCGGGAGCAGGGAGCUCUGGUUUAACACCUGCAGAGAAGGCAUCGACAAAAGCUCUGUUAUCAUCGGAUGGUUUCCUGGAAGACGACUCCGAUGAGGAGCUUGAUAUUGAUAUCCAGCAGGAGGCUGCUGCUCGCCUCCGUUUCACGGCCAUCUUACUAGUACCAUUCAUGCUGCAGCAAGAGUUGGGUGCAGUCAUCAACACGGUGCGAACGCUGCUGCGGAAGGUCUGGUUUUCCUCGUUUUCAGAGGGAGCAGCUGAAGCAGCAACGAUCCAGACCCUUCCAGCGACGUUCGUUGCAAAGCAGCACUUCUGUCGCCUGCAACUCGCGUUUCUUCACGAAGAAGAUGCGGUUCCAGUGAGAUCGAAGGUCGUAGAAUCCGCCAAGUUCCUGCCUUUGUCAAAGGCCUUUGUUCCCAUCGUAUCCUUCAUCCGGUAUCUGGAGCUGACACGGAUACGGUGA